AUGAAUCAAUCACAUUCAAUUUUUCAAACAACUAUAGUUCGUGCAUAAGAUGGCUUAGUUUUUUGCGAGUACACUACUGAAGGUGCUCAUAUUUAACCUGAGAUAUCAGGCUAGCUAAAAAAAUUCAUUAAAAAUGACUCUCUUUUCAAACAAAAUUAAGAUUUUAGGCUUGUUGAAUUUGGAAACUACACAAUUGGUUAUUUAGUUUAAGAUGAUGUCGUUUUUAUAGCCUUGGUUAGCUCUACUUAUGAUGUAAAGUUGUGCAGAUAGUACGUUAAAGAUAUUUAAUAGGGUUUCACAGAAGAAUUGAAAAAUACUUUUGGUACAACAGGUGUUAAUUAUUAUUCAAAGUUAUCUACCAUAGAAACUCCUUACAGUUUCAUUAAAUUUGAUAGAUAUAUCAAAAGAAAAUGCAAAGAAUUUUCUGAUUAGAGAUCUCAAGCAAAUAUAGAUAGAAUUAAAAACGAUAUGACAGAUAUCCAUGAAAUCAUGACACAAGUAUUUUCUAAAGUCAUGGACAGAACUAAAAACCUCAACGAGUUAAACGAAAAUGCUGCUGGAUUAAAAGAUUUUUCUAAGAUUUAUGUCAACAAAACCAAAAACUUAGCAUGGCAAAUGUGGUUAAAAAAGAAUGCAGUUUACUUUAUUUUAAUAAUUUUAUUAUGUUUGUUUAUAUUAUUUAAAAUUAUUUGA